AAAGACAAGACGGACGCCAAUGUGAGCAUGGCUGUGACUUUGGAAGAAGCUCCGUGGCUGGGUUGGAUCCUGGUGAAAGCCCUGAUGAGGUUUGCCUUCAUGGUCGCCAACAACCUGGUUGCUAUUUCGUCCUACAUCUGCUAUGUAAUUAUACUUCAGCCCCUUCGACUACUGGACAGUAAGCGGUUCUGGUAUAUUGAAGGAAUCAUGUAUAAAUGGCUUUUAGGAAUGGUGGCUUCUUGGGGAUGGUAUGCUGGAUAUACAGUGAUGGAAUGGGGGGACGAUAUUAAAGCAGUUUCGCAAGAUGAAGCAGUAAUGUUGGUGAAUCAUCAGGCAACGGGAGAUGUGUGCACCCUGAUGAUGUGCCUCCAAGACAAAGGACUGGUUGUUGCUCAAAUGAUGUGGUUGAUGGAUCAUAUUUUUAAGUACACAAACUUUGGAAUUGUUUCUCUAAUUCACGGGGACUUCUUUAUAAGACAGGGAAAAUCUCAUCGUGACCAGCAGCUGCUUCUUCUCAAAAAGCACCUAGAAAAUAAUUAUAGGAGCAGAGAUCGAAAAUGGAUUGUUUUGUUUCCAGAAGGGGGCUUCCUCAGGAAGAGGCGAGAAACAAGUCAAGCAUUUGCCAAAAAAAAUAACUUGCCAUUUCUUACACAUGUCACUCUGCCAAGGAUUGGGGCAACAAACGUCAUCUUGAAUGCACUUGUAGCACGACAGGAAAAUGGAAGGCCAGCAGGAGGAGAUGCUGAUGCUAAAGAAUUGGAGAGCCCGAAAGGCCUCCAGUGGAUAAUAGAUACAACUAUAGCUUAUCCCAAAGCUGAACCCAUAGAUAUUCAAACCUGGAUCCUUGGGUACAGGAGACCAACAGUCACACAUGUACAUUACAGGAUCUUUCCGAUCAAAGAUGUGCCCCUGGAGACGGAUGGCCUUUCUGAUUGGCUCUAUCAACGUUUUAUUGAAAAAGAGGAACUCCUAUCGCAUUUUUAUGAAACAGGGGCUUUUCCACCUCCCAAGGGCCGUCAGGAAGCUGCUUCCAGGGAGAUGACCCUCAGCAAUAUGUGGAUAUUUCUCAUACAGUCUUUUGCGUUUUUGUCAGGCUAUAUGUGGUAUAACGUCAUCCAGUAUUUUUACCAUUGCCUGUUUUAGGAAUUGACUUGGACUUGUCAAGGUCACCAUAGGAGUUCAGACUUUCAUAAGUGUGCAUUAUUUUACAUGUGCAAAUCGGAAUAUAUAAAAAAAAAAAAGCAAAGGAAAUUCAAUGGAUGGAUUAAUAUUUAUCCCCCUUUGGGAUAUUUUAAAAUUCUACUAAAAUGAGGAUCAGUAUACAAUGACCUGCUAAUAUGUUUUGAGGACCUUUCACGUUUUAAAAAGAUACCCUCUACCAUACAUUUAAGCAGACAUCACAUUCGGAGAAGAAAGCCUAGAAUCAUCCUAGAAGACUAUCCGAGAGAAAUUCGGUUCCCACCAGAUACAGUUGAUAAUCUAGUCAAACUCAGAGAGUGUAUCCGCUCCUCUAAGCUAGUAGUCUCUAUUAGGGCAGGGCUGUAGAGCGCCCUCACUUCCACCGGCUCCUGCUGGGUCACUAGGAGCCUUGAGGGGAGCUGGGCGGCACCCUCGAGACCUGUUCCCCUGUGGUUCACAGUGGCACUCCAGUGUCAGCUAUGCCCGUGGGGAAGAAGCAGUGUCCACUGGACAUGUUCCGGUACUAGAAUGUGUUCCUAAGAAAGGCUAGCUCAGUCCAACAUCGUGUUUACAUGCGCUAGUGCUUUCCCUUAAGUGAGGGGGGGUCACUUGAUUUCUCUUUUUGUAUAGAGGCAUAUCAUAGAUUGAUAAUUGUCUUUUACCAAAUGCACUUUUAUCAGAUGCAUAUAGAGCAAAGGAUUCGUAAUAUAGCCUGAAAACAAAUGUAAGCAUAAUCAGUGAGUGGGAUUCUUGAGAGGCUGUCCUGUCUCUGCGUGUGUACCCGGGCGCCCCACUGCACGGAGCGCCAGGCCCACAGGAGGCUUCUGUCCAGCUCAGAGGCUUUGUUCCGCCCAUGUUGGCCUAUUAGCACCAAAUGUAUUUGGGGGUGGCUGGAACAAAUUAGUGUAAAACAUUUAAGUGAUCAGUUUGAGGUGAAAUAGGGGUUUUAUUAGAAAACUAAGAGCUAGAGCCAGACGUAGGCUUAAAAUGGUGGUAAGUUCUCACAUGACACCCCCAAACCUAUGUUCUAUCAUCGCCUCAAGUUGCUGCCCACAUCAGUGUGGUGUAACUGGGAGACAGACCCGCACAAAAGGCUUCCCAAUCUCUUACAAUUGCUUUUAAAGAGGAUAAAGUCAAGUUUCUAUUUCUAGAGAACACUUUUUCCCCCCCCCCCGCUACAUUCAUGUGAUUUACCUCACGGUGGAACCAGACUCUUCUCAGAAAGUGCUGGGACUGCAUCCGCCCCUCACCCGCACUCCCAGUGUUGAGACAGAGUUGGUGUUUGGUUUGGGAUUGUUCAGACUCUGAAGAUCCUAGUAAGUCAGUGGCAGUUUUCUGGGAUACGAGCGUUGUAGAUUUCCUGUUGUCACUAAUCCUACAAAUGGCAAUUUUGAGAAGUAGGCCAGAAAAUAAAAAUAAAGGCUCAUGUUUUCUAUUUUUAAAUAAACCAAAACCAAAAACAAAAAACCAAACCAACAACAACCGAAAAGAUGUGAAUUUUCUCCCAGUUAUGUGGGAGGGGUAAAGCGGCACCAAAUAAAGGCCCCCAGCAGCCUCAUUCUGUGCAUGUAGGAAAGAGGAUAAUGUGUUGAUGAAAUACCUCAUUGCAUAUUAGGCUACUACUGGUAAAAUGCAGAAGACAGUGUUAAUGUGUGUGCUUUGGUAGGGGUUGUUACAAGGUGCAAUUUUUUUUUUUUUGCAAUCUAAGCAUUGUAUUGUGUGUUUUACAGUGACAGUGAGUAGGUGAAACCGAUCUUAAGAGGCAUGGAUGUUGAUAGGAAGCCAGACAGAAGCUUAACGAUGCUUCUGUUUGAGGUCCGGCAAACACUGCUAGAUUACAGGCUGAAUUGAAAUUGUUCAUUUGAGAGAUAAGUCAGCCACCUGGGGGAUAAGUUGCUCACUGUCUAGUAUGGCGUGCACCGUCCUAGCUAACUAGGCCUUCUCCUCAUUGCUAAAGCAAGCCACAGGUAGGGGUGGCCAGUUCGAUCAAGAAGAAAAAAGAGAGAGAGAUGGGUACAUGCAUACAUAAAUGCAGUUUAGGGCCACUUUUGCCAUCGCUGUGCUCCAAAGGAACUUGACACUGUUAAUAUACUGUACACAUUAAGCCAACUAUCUAUUCUGUAAGACGCUUUACUUUUUCUUCAAGCGCAGAGUCAUUUCGACAGUCUUUCAAGUGACAAAUACCAAUAGAUAUAUGAGUUCAUUUUUGAAAAUAGACCUGUGAGUUGUAAAUAGAUGUGUCAUUGAUCUGCAUAUCCUUCUCCACUUGUUUAUCAACAUGUUCUCUCUCUUCUGUUUGUUUGAGAGCGUCGAUAGCGCUCUCCGUACCAGGAACUGGAGUUCGGCUACUUGCACUAGGACACGUAGAGAGAGAAUCCGUGUUCUGUGGCAAAUCAGGGACGCAGCAAUAUGCCACUGUACAGAAGUGAAUAAAAAUUCUGCAUUUGUACUUUCUUUGCAAUGUGAGAUGAAAGGAGAUUUAGGGAAUACACAUUUUGUUAAGGAGAAAAAAAAAAAACUGUGCCAGUUUUAUACUAGUAGCUUAUAGAAUCUCGGCACUUCUUGGUCUCAGCUGACCUGCCUAGAUUCCUACAGCAGAGAGGGUUGAGAACUCCCUGCUGGACCUUCAUCUCAACACAUCACAGUGAUGGAGCCCCCGCUGGGCCAUCAGCCGAGGGCAGGUGCGAUGCAUCCAGAAGGGACCACACCGGCAGUUCACUCUUCACAGGAGAAACUGUUGUUGGUGUCGAAAUAUGCAGAUACGAUGGAGAGACCUAUACGCCAGUGGAAGGUAAAGAAAAAUGACAGGAUGGAAACGGACAUUUCGGGUGGGCAAAGAAGUUACUUGAGAAUCUAAAUAGCUUUUUAAAACAAAGAUAGCUCUGAAUUCAGAUCUGUCAUAUUUUAAGUAGAUUUUAAUAUUACAAUCAACCAUUAAUUGCCCACAGUGAAGGAACUAGGGAUUACCAGAUAAUUAAUCCAGUAAGAAGUCAUAAUUAGCCAAACAUCUAAUGUGUAUUUACGAGUUUGAGGUUUUUUUUCAUCAGACUUUUUUCGUUCUUCUGGGGAUGCUUGCUGAUUUUAAAACAAUGAUUUCAAUUGUUUAUUAGUUUCUCUUGCGUAUGUAUUAAUGACUGUGUUAAUGAGUAGUGAAAAGAUUUGGGAAGACAGACAGCUUCAGAAAGAGGAACACAAAAGCCUAAAUAAUCCAUGGGCUAGAAAAGGAAUCCCUGAAUAAUCAAGAGUUGGCGGUAUUGCAAUGAUACUCAAGCCUUUAAUGAAAACAAGAUGUGACAUCACCCAGUACAGACGUCAGAACAUCCUUCUCGUGUUAAUAUCGUGUGGAUUGAUGUGAAGAAUGCCUCUUCAUUCUUUGUCCAUGUUACUCACUUCUUGUGGAUUUGUCUUUAGUGACGUUUUGACAAUCACUUCCCUGAAGACUCUUCUGAACUAGCGGGACCUGGUUAUAAUCAUAGAUAGCAGUCUUUAAUCAUGGACAGUCUUAUUGGAUUCUUUUGAUAUUUAAAGAAAUUUUAUUUGCACUGCCGAAUAGCAAAGAGUUAUUUUCUUCAUCACACAGGAUUUCACUCCAGAGUUACCAUCACGAGCGAGUCCGCUCUGGUCCACAAGGAUGAAUAAAAAUGGUUAGUCUUAUUUUUUUGCCAUGUAGUGCUGUGAACCUUACAUUGUUCACGUGAAAGGCAAAGUCCAAAGCAGCACUGGGCGGCAAGUGUACUGGUUUAUUGUAGGAGGGGGUGGAGACCAAUAUGUUUGGGACCAAAACCACCUACACUGGACAUUUCUAGAUCACAGAGGGGCCGGGGGCUCUCUGGAGCAGUUGCUGGUUGGUGCUUUAUUGCAAUCAUUUGCAUUGAUCCUCAACAAUUAGGAACUGGACCCUGGGAAUAAGCUGAGGGUGCUGAACUGCUGGGGAGGGGGACGGGAGCCAUAUGGAAGAUAAAAUAGGGUUUUUUCUGCAAAAUUUCCAUUGGAGGAUUUUUACAUUUAAUAUUUUUUAAAACAGUUGAAAGAGCAAAAAAUUUUUAAGUGUAUUCUAGUUGCAAAGUAUGCACACGUAUUUCGAAUGGCUUUAUUUUUGUCGUGUAGAACUGUUGAACACAGGACUGGUGCACAAGCUCUUUACAUGUGAGGGGUCUGCAUUUUACAGUCACUUAUCUCAUGACUGGGUAAUGACACAGUUACACACAAGCUGCCAUUGUUGCGUUAAGUGCUUUCAUUUUCUCUACAGUUAUUACAAAGUUGUAUUUAUUUUAAGCAGAUGGGUUUUAGUUUUCCUGACGCCAUAUGUUUACUUCAGCUUUUGUUGACCUGUUUUUCUUUCUUUGUUAUCUGCAUGUUGUAAUGUAUGCUCAGAAUGAAUGUAAAGGCUGCAGCAACUGUAAUUAAUUUUUGUAAAGGGCUGGUCACACGUGGCUCUGGUUCCUGGGUGUGUACGGGAUUAUCUUAGUAACCAGACCGCCUUUUCAGAAAUGUAGAUGUGAACACCAAAAGAAGCAUUUUCUCAACAACAACAACAACAACAACAACAAAUGAAUAGCUGGUUCUAUUUUUUUUUAACCUAGAAAAAAUAAAGAUUUUUUUCAAGUAAAGUGCUUUUACUUCUUAGUGGUGGGGACGGGGCGUUUGUGUGUUUCUGGAGAUAUUUUGGCAUGAACAUCUGCAGACAUGGACUUAGAGCACAUCACGGCAGGUGGCUGCUGAGGGCAAACUGAAAAACCAAAUGAAAACCAUUGUACUUCCUUCGUGGGUUUUAGACUCUUCCCUCCGCUCCUUUCCCACUCUCCCCCAUGGUAUGGUGGAGAUACUGGUAUACUGGUGGCAUACUGGUAAAUGUUCAACAGGCCACUAUCCUGGGGGAAAAAGCGAUGUGUGCAAAUGUACGUAAGUUUGUUAUAAAUGUUCCUGAUACAAGAAUACAGAACACAAUUAGUAGAUAAUAAUUAAAUAUACUUUAUUAUAAAUUCCACAUGGCCGAGUUGUUCUCCCAGGAUGCUUUAAUUGAUUUUGCUGAACUCUUGUAUCCAACCUAUGAUGUGAAAAAUGGAAUAACAUCCUAAUUGACCUGUUUCUCAAAUUUAUUGUCAAUCUGAUAUGUGAUCUGCUAAACUAUUUCUUACCCUUGUACAAAUUAUACUCAUUAAAGUGAACCACUUUGAGCUUCAGCACUAAUUAUAGCUUAUAUAAUUUUAGUAACAGCUGUUUAACAACUGCUGGCAAAAUUCUAAAAUUUAGCCAUCGGCUGUAGGGUCGGGAGCCAGUUGGAGCGGUCUCCAGCAUACCACUGCCCUGUCUUUUCUGUUUGUUUCACUGUUAGUACUGAAUAAAUUUCUCACAGUUAAGCUACUCACUGCUCUCAGGAAACUCCUACCACUGAUCCUUGCAGGGGCUUCAAAAGGUGGGAAAGCAUUAACAUUGGUCCUACAGAGCGUGCUUUUGAUUUGAAGAAUUUGACAAAAGCAAACUUUUCCUGAAGUGCAUGGGAAGCUUGCCUCUUUCUUAAGCUGGUUCUAUGCUUUCGGGUCUCAAAGCGAAGUAGACUGUAAUAUGAGCCUCUCUGAGAUUUUGUCUUGAGCAUUUAAAACGUUUAUUGUUUAGGUCAUUAUUUGUAGAGUAUGUUUGAUUCCACUGAAAAAAUUUAAAUGUAUUAAAAUUUUUUAAUGCAAUCUACCAAAUAAGUUAAAACAUUACAGUUCAGUCUACCUCUUCUUCCAUUUGGAUUCAGCCUGCUGUUUUGAGUUAAGGUUGUAAUUUUAUCCCCACUCUAAGUUGUUUCUGUCUAAGACGAAGAACAAAUCGGCAGGAGACUGAAGGCAUAUUUGAAGCUCUCAGAGAUCUCUCGCUGACCAGCCCUAUUUUUCAUGAGUUGGGAAAAAAAGCCAUUGUUUUAAAUUUCCACUUAAUAUGAAAAUGUUUGUUUUUAAAAUGUUUCUUCCUGCUGGAAAAAAAAAUGUAUUUUUAAAAGGAAAAAAAAUAUCCUCUUUUGGCCAUAAGAAAAAGUCAGCUGUACGAGCAGGUGUGACCAUAUAACAUGCUGAUAUAUAAAUCAAUAAAUUUUUACCUCUCAGGA